UUGUUCCUUUGAUUAAGCUCUACCAUCUAUUUGUGGUUUGAAUUUGUCUAGUUUCUCCCAUUGUCUGCUACUGUGGUCUCUUCUUGCAUUAUUCUUAUACAUGCUUGACUAAUUACUUUACUAUUUUUCUUACCUACCUAUUUUCUUGUUCUCAUCUUGUUGGCUUGCUAUAUACUGAUCUUUCAUUGUUAUUGUAGCAACAUACUGUUCAGGGAGUUUGCUCUUAUUUCCAUGUGGAGGGUGCCUGCAAUGCCCAUAAGUGCUCACACAUUGCUAAGUUUUCUUGCUGAGCCUUUGAAACAGCCAACUGAAACUCUUCUUUCUACUGAGGAUCAUGAUGUUUCUGAGAACCUAAGAGAGUUCCAGGACUGGAGCGAGUACUACUCUUGUGAUGCAACUUAUCGCAACUGGCUGAAAGUUGAGUUAGAGAAUGUGGAAGUUUCUCCCCUUGAAUUGUCAGUCGAGGAAAAGCAAAGAGCGAUUGCCGCAGCUAAGGAAACACUAAAUUCAUCAUUUUCACUGCUCUUGAGAAAAGAAAAUCCAUGGUUGGUUCCCACUGAAGAUCAUGUUUAUGAAUCAGUAGAACCUUUGUUCCUAGAAUUGCAUGCCAUUGCAAUGCUCUGUCUGCCUUCUGGUGAAUGUAUGUGCCCAGAUGCCACCUUGUGUGCAACACUAAUGAGUGCCCUUUAUUCUUCAGUAAGCGAGGAAGUUGUCUUAAAUCGCCAGCUCAUGGAAUUGGCUGAAAAAGGGAGGAAUAGUCGAUCGAAAUUACCAUAUAAUCAUACAAUGGGCUCUAAGUCAUUUCAAGCUGCAAUGUAUAAAGAGGGUACUGUGAAGGUUGACAUUGUAGACUUCUACAAAGAUUCCCAUUGGAGCAAGAGAAAGGCAGAUUGGAUAGCUCCAAUAUGUGGUGAAUUACAUGAAGCUUUGAAAAAACGACGUGAAGAGUCUUUGAAGCCUGGGGCAAUACCUUUAACUCAGGAGCAGCUGUCAAUUGAAGUUCUUGGAACGAGUAAAUCAGGAUACAUAAAGGGCUUCGGAGUUGGUCGAAACCCAUCCUCAUCCAAAUCUUCUGUUAGUACACAAGCACAUGUUGAAGUGGUUUCGAGCCUACAAGAACAAAUAGAGUCAUUGAAGAAUUUGGCUGAGGUCCAGCAAGAACAAAUUGCAGCCCAGAACUUGGUAACACAAGAGCAAGCUAGAAAUAUUGAAAUGCAAAACAAAAGGUUUGAAGAGAUUGAAAAGUUUAUGAGGAUGCACAAGGAUAAGGCAGACAUGCAGGUUGAUGAAGAUGAUUGUUCAUCAGAGGAAUUUUAUUGA